GGUAGAACGAGCCUUGAUAAAGUGCAGUUCGUGGUGACCGCGGUUUACAUCAUACAUGACUACUCAACUCUUUUGACGACCUAAUAGUUUGAUUUUGACGAAAACAUUUAUGGACAAAACGUCUUUAGGUGAUUACAUUUAUUUUAGGACUAUUUUGAAAAUUGUUGAAAACGCUGAAAAUGCUAAACUAAAUAUGCUUCUCUUCCUAAUACAUAAAGAUUGGGUUGGGCUGGUAGUUCCGCUUUACCUCCGCCAUAGCAGUACUGCAGACGUAUCCCAGGCUCAGGAAGACAGACAGACAGCUAGCUAGCUAGCUAGCUAUGCUAGCUAGUAGGUUAACAUAAUUUAUAAGCACAAGAUAAGAUAACUGGACCAAAACGUUAACCAAAAAGAUUGGAAUUUAAAAUCAAAGUCAUCAUACUUCUUGUUAAACAGCACCGAUAAAGUCAGAAACGCACCGCUACCUUACUGAAGACUUUCGGUGGAGUUCAACGGAGUUUUGCUGCAGGUUGGUCUCUAAAGCCCUCCGUGUGUGUGCGUGCAUUUUCCUGUCAUGUCUGAUAACGGAGAGCUGGAGGACAAACCCCCUGCCCCCCCAGUCAGGAUGAGCAGCACAGGCAGUAAAGAUGGCGUGCCAACCAAUCACAACUCCAAACCCCUCCCCUCUGUACCUGAAGAGAGAAAGUCCUCCCGGAACAAGAUCAUCUCCAUCUUCUCUGCAGAGAAAGGGGGAAGAAAGAAGGACAAGGAUAAAGAACGGCCAGAGAUUUCUCCUCCCUCAGACUUUGAACAUACAAUUCAUGUUGGCUUUGAUGCUGUUACAGGGGAGUUUACUGGUAUGCCAGAGCAAUGGGCUCGGCUGCUGCAGACCUCCAACAUCACCAAGUCUGAGCAGAAGAAGAAUCCUCAGGCAGUGCUGGACGUCCUCAAGUUCUAUGACUCCACAGGCAAUGGCAAGCAGAAAUACCUCAGCUUCACAGAUAAAGAUGCCCCUCCAGUGAAGAAAGGUUCACAACCAUCACCACCCAGUGGUAAGGACUUAGAAGAUUUUGAUGAUGACGAUGCACCCCCCCCUGUAGUUGCACCACGACCUGAACACACCAAAUCUAUACUUACCCGGCCCUCCAUGAUUGACCCCAUUCCGCCACCUGCUGCCAGCGGUGACACAGACUCCAAGGCUGCAGACAGACAGAAGAAGGCCAAGGGCAGGAUGACUGAUGAGGAGAUCAUGGAGAAGCUGAGAACAAUAGUCAGUAUCGGAGACCCCAAGAAGAAAUACACACGAUAUGAAAAAAUUGGACAGGGUGCAUCUGGAACAGUAUUUACUGCCAUUGAUGUUGCUACAGGGCAAGAGGUAGCCAUCAAGCAGAUUAAUUUACAGAAACAGCCAAAGAAGGAGCUGAUCAUCAAUGAGAUCCUGGUGAUGAAGGAGCUUAAGAACCCCAACAUCGUUAACUUCUUAGACAGUUUCUUGGUUGGAGAGGAGCUGUUUGUCGUGAUGGAGUAUUUGGCUGGAGGCUCCCUGACUGAUGUGGUAACAGAGACAUGCAUGGAUGAGGCACAGAUUGCUGCAGUCUGCAGAGAAUGUCUACAGGCUCUGGAGUUCCUCCAUGCUAACCAGGUCAUUCAUCGAGAUAUCAAGAGUGACAAUGUGUUGUUGGGGAUGGAUGGCUCUGUCAAAUUGACGGACUUCGGCUUCUGUGCUCAAAUUACCCCAGAGCAGAGCAAACGGAGCACUAUGGUGGGAACCCCAUAUUGGAUGGCACCAGAGGUGGUCACGCGCAAAGCCUAUGGACCCAAAGUGGACAUCUGGUCUUUGGGUAUCAUGGCCAUUGAGAUGGUGGAGGGAGAACCUCCUUACCUAAAUGAGAAUCCUUUAAGGGCACUGUAUCUUAUUGCUACUAAUGGCACCCCUGAGCUCCAAAAUCCCGAGAAGCUGUCCCCCAUUUUUCGAGACUUUCUGAACCGUUGCCUGGAGAUGGAUGUGGAGAAGAGAGGUAGUGGCAAAGAGCUCCUACAGCAUCCAUUUUUGAAGCUGGCCAAGCCGCUCUCCAGCCUCACACCACUUAUACUUGCUGCCAAGGAAGCCAUGAAAAGCAGUCGCUAGCACCAGCAACUCCUUUCCAGCGAUUGCCAAUCUUGCAUCCCUCUCGCUGCCAGUUACUUCUUAGAGCUGCUGACCUUCAUAAUCAGGAUGUACCACUCCAUGUCUCCUCCUCAUGCCAAGCUCUCUUUCAGUGUUCCUCCAUGUUUCAGUGUUCAUUUUUAUGCCUCCAUAAGUACCAGAGCCACAGUUGUAAAGAUUUGUUUAGAUUUUUCUUGAGCUUUGUUUGGUUUGGAUUUGUUUUUCAAGUGGUUGUCACCAUUGCCUUGAUUUUAUCCCGCUCUACCUUAUCACUUGAUUGGUCAUUAAUAUUUCAUUUAUUUAUUUUUAUUACUUUUAAUGAUUUCCCCUUAUCAGAUCAGCAUUGUGAUACUUGAAAUCUCAUAUCAUAGCUAUAGAAAGUCAUGAUGAACAGUCACAGCACCUACUGCCCAUUUGCCUUAUUUUGCCUCAAAAUAUUUAGAAGUAUUGAAAAUUUUUGCUGUAUGGAAUAAAAUGUAUGUCUUUGAAAAAUAUUUGUUGGUUUUUUUUUCUUUUCCGAAAGAACGUAAAAUAUUUCUGCAAUUAAAUUUUGGGCAGAAAUCAGGUUUUUUUUUUUGUUGUGGUUGUUUUUUUUGUUUGUUUUUUUUUACUUAUGUUAGUGUGUUUUUUAUUUAUGUACAUGUAUACUGUAUUUUAUAUUUUAACUAAUGAUCUGAUAAAAAAGAAAAUUAAUGUAUUUUCAAUUGUCUUAGAGGUUAAUAAUUUACUGUAUAUCUGUGUAUGUGAAACAACUUGUUUUACAAGUGAAAGUACAUUUCAAUUACAAAUUCUUUGUGAUAAGACAUUCCAAAUAAGCAAGCAUUAUACUUUUGGUCUUUCUUUUCUCCACCAGAAAUACAGUAUUGCUCUUUUAAAUAAUGGGGGAAAAAACAUAUUCUUUGUAAAUUAUUAUUAAAGUAGUCUUUAGUCAAUUUUGA